GAGUUCCCAAAAUGGAUCAAUGAAAUGUUCCGAGGUGAAAUGCAUGCUUUAUUUAUAAGAUGCCGAAACCUUGACAACCCAAAGACGAAUGGCAUAAUAAAAAGAUUUUUGAAACUUUUGGUCUCUGAAAUGAGUGUUCAAAUGUCUGAUGAGAUGGCAGUGAAGUUUCGCAGUAUCUUUACUGAAUGGCGACAUGUUUUGUGGACUUAUAUCAACACCUUGUUUGAAGAUUUACAAAAAAGAGUAGGAAGUGAUGAUCUUAAUUCAAUAUUUGCUGCAAUAACUGCGAGAGAUAUUCAGAAAGUAUGGCAACGUUUUCUCGUAAAUAUUAAUAUUUCAGCAAUUCAUGCUGAAAUUAAUAAUUUUGAAAAAUUGUUAUGUGACAUAGUACGUAUCGGGUUAUGGGUGAUAUUUUCUUUUGAUGCAAAAGAAGCACAAGCAAUAUUCUUUAACAUGAAUAAUGAUUUAUAUACAGUAAAUUUAAAUAUUUUAACUAUUCAUGGUUGGAAUGUUGCGACAUCAAUAGACUUGAGUUGUUACAUUUUUACUGCACAAAUAG